CGGAAACAGCUGAUUGCCAAACUCCCUCGGCAUACUGGGUUCGUUAAGGGUUGCGCUGAUACCUUUUGCUACACAUCUAUACAGUUCAAGCAAAACAGUGCGCACUUCCGUGAAUUCUGUUGUGGGCCGAAAGCGCUAUGCGACGCGCUGCUCUGCACUAAAGCCGUCCACCGUUCACUCUGAUUUCCCUGCUUAUCGUCUCGUGACAUUGGAGAAUCAUUUGCGACUGUAUUUUGACGAGUAAUACGUUUUAAAAUUAUUGGCGCAUCCCCGACCUUGUUUGGAUGGUGCACAGUUCAGCGCACAAUCAUGAUCCGCUUCAUUCUCAUCCAGAAUCGGGCUGGUAAAACCCGUCUGGCCAAAUGGUACAUGCAUUUCGAUGAUGAUGAAAAGCAGAAGUUAAUCGAGGAAGUCCAUGCACUGGUUACCGUUCGGGAUGCUAAGCAUACCAAUUUCGUAGAGUUCCGUAGCUUUAAGGUGAUUUAUCGGCGCUAUGCGGGAUUGUAUUUCUGCAUAUGCGUGGACAUCGGAGACAACAACCUAGCUUAUUUAGAAGCUAUUCAUAAUUUCGUGGAGGUACUCAAUGAAUACUUCCACAAUGUCUGCGAACUGGACCUCGUUUUCAAUUUCUACAAGGUGUAUUCCGUUGUGGACGAGAUGUUUCUCGCCGGGGAAAUCAGGGAAACAUCGCAAAACCGCGUUCUCAAGCAGCUGUUAAUGCUCAGUUCGCUGGAAUAAAAACAAGAUUCCGCUUGAACUCCAGAAAAAUUAGCAUUUUAUUUCCGGUUAUUCCGUAAUUUGAUAAUCCAAUUUCGUAGCGUUAAAUGUUUUAUGAUGCAGAAUUUUUGGUUUUGAUUGUUCCUAAACUUUUGUACACGUACGGUAUAUCUGACAUUUUUACUCCAAUAUUAUUGUGUUCGUGUUGUGCGUUUGGUUUAGUAGUUUUGUGACGUGCUAUUUAUUUUAUGCAAGAUAACCAGCCCAACGACCUGCUAGCGACAAAUACUGCCUUACUGUAAAGUGUUGCGUGGGAAGGGGAUGGGACGUUUGGCGCGGAUCUAGAAUAUUACUACGUGCAUAUCGGGAUUAUCUGGUCAUCUAUCGUUCAUUUCACCGUCUUAUUCUUCCUCCUCCGCCAUCGUUGGCUUCAUCAUUGCCGGACUUCAUGAUUGCAUGUUUGUUUGAUUGUCUGUUUGUGAGUGUAGCCAGUUUUGUCAUUGGAGUAGUCAAAGCGUUGGUGUAAAGGCGCCAUCCCGGUGCCGUGUCCCUGCCCAACGGGUUUCGGGAAAUGUCACUGUCGGUGGUGCUUUUAGUUGGUUAGUGUCAGUAGGAGAGCGAGAAUGCGGGUGCUGAGCUAGGAUCUUGCACUCUGUACAGUUCUUUGCGAUUCAGUUAUUUUGUUUUUUGCUCUGUCAUUUAAAUGUUCUGUUUUGUUUUACAUGCUUUCCGCUUGUAUCAUCAAUAAAAAGAACUUCGGUUCGG